ACAUCCCAGGUUGGUAUCGAAUAAGAUUUUAGGGGGGCCAUGAGUGUUCCCUUUACUGAUUAUUUAUUCAGUAAUAACAGUCUUAUCCUAUUAAACUUUAGCAACAGAAAAAAACAGGAACUAAAGAUGAAACCAGAUACCGAGUGGAUUGUUUUGACAGUCCUCUACGCCAUCACGAUGCUCGUAGCGUUUGCAGGGAAUGGCUUCCUCAUCUACAUCGUGUGGAAGAAACCUGAAGUCAGAUCACUGACAAGCUUUAUGUUCGUCAACAUGGCCAUCGCUGAUUUGCUUGUAACCCUGAUUGUGAUGCCCUGGUCGAUUUCCACAAUAUAUACAGACGGUUUGUGGAUGAUCCCGGGAGUAUUUGGAAAAGUCAUGUGUAAAGGUGUUGUAUACACUGCCUAUGUCACUAUAACAGCAUCCGUCCUCUGCCUGACGUUCAUGGCGAUCGACAGGUACUAUGCCAUCGUUCAUCCCCUCCGCCGCCAUCUUUGGUUUCGAAAGCCUAAACUAACCGUUCCAUUUAUUUGGAUCUGCUCACUGGUCUCCAUGUCCAUUUUCCUUGUUAUUCAAACCGUGGAGGACUACAAUAAUUCUUCCUAUUGCAUGCUAUCUGUUUACAUCUUGGGUGAUCCAGAUAGGGCUCUUCGAGGAAUAUACCUCCUCCUUUUCGUCGUCAACUAUUUCAUCCCCUUAGCCGUUAUUUCUUGCCUGUAUACCAUCACUGCAUGGAAUUUAUGGUUCCAUGUUGCACCUGGAGUAAAUAAUUUGAGAGGAAAUCGAGCGCAACUGGAAACCUCCAAGAGGAGAGUGGUUCGGAUGCUCAUUAUUGUUACCUGUGCCUUUGCCCUUUGUUGGCUCCCACCACAAGUGGUCCACAUGAUGCAAAUCAUUCACGCAUCUAAGGCUUACCUACAUAUACAGCCGAUUGUCAGCUUUGUGUGUUUUUGGUUUGGACACGCUAACAGCGCCGUUAACCCAUGGCUGUACAUUUUUCUGAGUACCAAGAUAAAUACAGCAUUUACCAGGAUCGUCAGUAGAAAAAGCAGCCGGUUGCCUUCAAGUCUCACCAUCAAAACAUCAGAUGCCGUCUUACCACCUGAAGAUGAAGCAAUCCAGAAAGAAUCAAGAAUAUAAUGUUUCAAGUGUCAUAGGCACAAAAUGGGGACAAUAAGAAAAAAUGAGAUUUUCAAGGGGAACUCGGCAAUACCUCGACAGAGUACCAUAAGAAAUAUGCACUUUAUUUUACAACGAGCAAGCAGCUGAGAACCUGAAAAAAUAAUCUGAGGCCUCGUUAAGAAUUUGAACAUCAGACCUUCCCAUGGUGCCUUAAACUACGGAGCUGCGUUACAAGCCAGUCCAGCAUACUGAUAA